AUGCAAACACCGGACAACAAAAUGCCAUCUUCCUCAACAGCAUUGUUGUUCCUCUGCCUACUGCUGGUGCCGUGCCUUCUUCUCUUGGAGGAAGCACAUGCGGUGCGCCAUGGAGGGAUCUCACUGAGGUUUCAACACACGGCGCUCCUCCAUUGGAAAGCUACACUUGCAAGCCCACCGCUGCAGAUGAGCUCUUGGCAGGAAAACACCAGCCCGUGCAACUGGACGGGCAUCAUGUGCGCGGCUGUUCGCCAUGGCCGCCACAUGCCCUGGGUGGUGGCCAACAUCUCCCUGCCGGGUGCUGGCAUCCGUGGCCAGCUUGGUGAGCUCAACUUUUCGGCUCUUCCAUUCCUCACAUAUAUUGACCUCAGCAACAACAGUCUCCAUGGUCCAAUACCAACUAAUAUCAGCUCUCUAUCAUCACUUUCUUAUCUUAACCUCAACUUCAACCAUCUCAACGGACAGAUUCCGUUUGAGUUUGGUAGCUUGCAGAGUCUCACCCAGCUUGAACUCUCGUUUAACAGACUCACGGGACAUAUCCCUGCAUCUCUGGGUAACCUAACAAUGUUAACUGAUCUUGUCAUUCACCAAAACAUGGUAUCAGGUCCCAUUCCUGAGGAGAUUGGAAGGCUUGUCAACCUACAGCUUCUACAGCUAAGCAACAUCACCUUAAGCGGUUUGAUACCAAAAACCCUUGGAAAUCUAACCCAACUAAAUACUUUGCGCCUGUUUGGUACUCAACUUUCAGGGCCUAUACCCCAAGAACUAGGCAGGCUAGUCCAUUUGCAAAUUCUUGAUCUUGGUUCAAAUCAUUUUUCAGGUCCAAUUCCAAUCUCCAUAACCAAUCUCACCAAGCUGAACAUGCUUCUUCUCAUUGAAAAUCAAAUCACAGGUUCCAUCCCCCCCGCAAUAGGCAAUCUCAAUAUGUUAAAGCAACUUUCUCUCUAUACAAAUCAAAUAACAGGUUCAAUACCCCCAGAACUAGGGAACCUCACUAUGCUCCAUGAACUUUAUCUCUAUACAAAUGAAAUCACAUGCCCAAUACCUUUAGAAUUGGGCAUGUUGCAGAAUCUCCGAGAAUUAGACUUGGCCGACAACCAAAUAUCUGGCUCUAUUCCUGACAGCUUAGGAAACAUUACCAACCUAUUACUACUACACCUCUAUGAAAAUCAGAUAACCGGUUCAAUACCAAAAUCUUUUGGGAAGUUGCGAAGCAUCCAAGAACUGCAUAUAUUUGAUAACAAAUUGUCAGGUUCUCUUCCUCAAGAAUUUGGAGAUGUCAUAAGCCUUGUUAAACUCGCGUUGAAUAACAACUAUCUUUCAGGACCUUUACCAGCAAAUAUAUGUUUAGGUGGCAGACUUCAAUAUCUCUUUGUCUAUUCUAAUAUGUUCAAUGGCCCCAUUCCAAGUAGUUUAAAGACUUGCACGAGUUUGGUUCGAAUUGACCUUCGGUGGAACCAACUAACAGGAGAUAUAUCUCAGCAUUUUGGUGUGUAUCCACAUCUCACAAAGAUGCGCUUGACAUCGAAUAGACUCUCUGGGCAGAUCUUACCAAAUCUAGGUGCAUCUACCGAACUGACGGUACUACACCUAGCACAAAAUAUGAUUACGGGUUCCAUACCUCCAAUCCUGUCUAAAUUGUCCAACCUAGUAGAGCUGAGACUCGAAUCUAAUCAUCUCAGCGGUGAGAUUCCACCAGAAAUCUGCACUUUAACUAAUCUAUAUAAACUAACCUUUUCAUCGAACCAAUUAUCUGGAUCCAUACCUACAGAGAUAGAAAAGCUCAGCAAUCUCGGAUACCUUGAUAUAUCUGGGAACAGACUGAGUGGAUCAAUACCUGAGGAACUAGGGGCCUGCAUGAAACUACAGUCCUUGAAGAUAAACGACAAUAACUUCAGUGGGAGUUUGCCUGAAGCGAUUGGAAAUUUAGCAGGCCUGCAGAUCAUGUUAGACGUGAGCAACAAUAACCUCAGUGGUGUGUUGCCACAGCAACUUGGGAAGUUGGAGAUGCUAGAAUUUCUGAAUUUAUCGCAUAAUCAGUUCAACAGCAGCAUUCCAUCCUCCUUUGCAAGCAUGGUGAGCCUUUCAACACUCGAUGUGUCCGACAACGACUUGGAAGGACCGGUCCCAAUAACACGGCUACUCCAAAAUGCUUCAGCAAGUUGGUUUCUUCCCAAUAAAGGUCUGUGUGGUAACCUCUCUGGCCUGCCACCUUGUUAUUCAAUUCCAAUAGCUAGUCACCAUAAACAGAAGACAUUUGGUUUUCUUUUGCCAAUUUUUCUCGUGGUGGGUUUCAGCAUUGUUGCCGCAAUUGUUGUCAUAAUAAUGCUUAGUCGUAAAAAGAAAAAACCACAAGAAAGUGUUACUGCUGAAGCAAGGGACCUAUUCUCUGUUUGGAAUUUUGAUGGAAGAUUGGCAUUUGACGAUAUUGUAAGGGCGACAGAAGACUUCGACGAUAAGUACAUCGUUGGAACAGGUGGAUACGGCAAGGUCUAUAAGGCACAACUCCAAGAUGGGAAGCUAGUUGCUGUGAAGAAGCUUCAUCGGACCGAAGAGGAGCUGGAUGAUGAAAGAAGAUUUUGCAAUGAAAUGGAGAUCUUAUCACAGAUCCGACAACGAAGCAUUGUAAAAAUGUAUGGAUUCUGCUCCCAUCCAGCGUAUAAAUUUCUUGUCUAUGACUACAUUCAGCGGGGAAGCCUCCACAGGACAUUGGAAAAUGAGGAGCUAGCAAAGGAAUUGGAUUGGCAGAAGAGAAUUGCUCUUGCAAAUGAUGUGGCUCAAGCAAUUUCUUAUUUGCACCAAGAAUGCAGUCCACCUAUAAUACAUCGAGAUAUCACGAGCAGCAACAUCUUACUUGAUUCAACCUUCAAGGCUUUUGUCUCGGAUUUUGGCAUAGCAAGGAUUCUUAAGCCCGAUUCAUCAAACUGGAGUGCACUAGCAGGAACGUAUGGCUACAUAGCUCCUGAACUGUCGUACACAUCUGUUGUGACAGAGAAAUGUGAUGUCUAUAGCUUUGGUGUGGUUGUGCUAGAGCUAGUGAUGGGGAAGCAUCCAAGGGAUCUAUUAGAUGGUACUUUGUCGAGUGGGGAACAAGCUAUGCUGGUGAAAGAUAUUCUAGACGAACGGCCGACGACACCAACAACAACAGAAGAGAAUAGCUUAGUUCUGCUCAUCAGGCUGGCCUUUUCUUGCUUGGAAUCUUCUCCACAAGCAAGGCCAACCAUGCGGGAGGCAUACCAAACACUCAUCCAGCAACCCUCUUCUAGUUCAUGUCCCGUGCCUUUCAGCACACUUACAUUACAGCAAGUAAGGGAUGCAUGUUAA